CUCGACAGUUGCGCCGAUUCUUAGUUUCUUCAUCGCUCGAAGACUCUUCUUUCUUUUUGCAAAACCCUCGUAUCUGGAUCCAUGGGAAGUCAAUCGGAAUCGCAGGAAUCGUCGUCUCAAGAUGAUCUUUCAAGCGAAUCCAGCUCACAUGAUGAACAGCAAGAGAAGAUUGUUGAGUCUGUCAACGAGGAAGAAGAUGAAGAGGAACUAGAAGCCGUUGGCAGAAAGGCUGAUUCGGAUGAAAACGAAGAUAAGCCGCUUUCACCGGAUGAAGACGGUGUACAACGACAGGAGUCGGAAGAAACUGGCGAGGAUGAUAGUGAUUCGGAUAAUGCAGAAAUCGGGGUUCGUGAGAAGGCUAGACUAAGAGAAUUGGAGAAGCUAAAGAAACAGAAAAUUGAAGAAAUAUUGGAUGCACAAAAUGCUGCUAUUGAUGCUGAUAUGAACAACAAGGGAAAGGGACGUCUGAACUAUCUUCUGAAACAGACAGAGUUAUUUGCUCAUUUUGCUAAAGGCGGUCAAUCUUCCCAAAAGAAGACUAAAGGAAGGGGAAGACACGCAUCGAAGAUGACUGAAGAGGAAGAAGAUUUAGAAUGCCUAAAGGACGAAGAAGAUGGGCUGUCUGGAACAGGCAAUACUAGACUGCUCACUCAACCAUCUUGUAUUCAAGGGAAGAUGCGGGACUACCAACUUGCAGGGCUUAAUUGGCUCAUUCGAUUAUAUGAGAAUGGGAUUAAUGGAAUACUUGCAGAUGAAAUGGGUCUUGGCAAAACAUUGCAAACAAUUUCCUUGUUGGGCUAUCUACAUGAGUUCAGAGGUAUAAGUGGCCCUCAUAUGGUAGUUUCUCCCAAAUCUACACUUGGCAACUGGAUGAACGAAAUAAAACGUUUUUGCCCAGCUCUCAGAGCUAUCAAGUUUCUAGGAAAUCCCGAUGAAAGGAAACAUAUAAGGGAGAAUCUUCUAGUUGCGGGCAAGUUUGAUAUAUGUGUCACUAGCUUUGAAAUGGCAAUUAAGGAGAAAAAUAUACUGAAGCAGUUUAGCUGGCGCUACAUCAUCAUUGAUGAAGCUCAUAGAAUCAAGAAUGAAAAUUCACUUCUUUCUAAAACAAUGAGGAUUUACAAGACUAACUAUCGUCUUCUUAUAACUGGUACACCACUCCAGAACAAUCUUCAUGAACUCUGGUCUCUCCUGAACUUCCUUCUGCCAGAAAUAUUUAGCUCGUCUGAGGCAUUUGAUGAGUGGUUCCAGAUUUCUGGUGAUGACGAUCAGCAAGAGGUUGUUCAACAACUUCACAAGGUUCUCCGACCAUUCCUUCUCCGGAGAUUGAAAGCAGAUGUUGAGAAGGGUUUGCCUCCCAAGAAAGAAACAAUACUCAAGGUUGGUAUGUCCCAGAUACAGAAGCAGUACUACAAGGCUUUGUUGCAGAAAGAUCUGGAGGUAUUAAAUUCUGGUGGUGAGCGCAAACGCCUAUUGAACGUUGCAAUGCAACUACGUAAAUGUUGCAAUCACCCAUAUCUCUUUCAAGGUGCGGAACCUGGUCCACCUUAUACUACUGGAGAUCAUCUUAUCACUAGUGCUGGUAAAAUGGUUCUUCUCGACAAACUGCUUCCCAAGCUAAAAGAACGCGAUUCUAGAGUACUAAUAUUUUCACAGAUGACAAGGCUGUUGGAUAUUCUGGAAGAUUAUUUGCAGUUUCGUGGACAUAAUUAUUGUCGUAUAGAUGGAAACACCGGCGGGGAUGAUCGUGAUGCUUCUAUCGAAGCAUUUAAUAAACCAGGAAGUGAUAAAUUUGCUUUCUUGCUUUCAACUAGAGCUGGAGGGCUUGGAAUCAAUCUUGCUACUGCUGAUAUUGUCAUCCUUUAUGACAGUGACUGGAAUCCACAAGUGGAUUUGCAGGCACAAGAUCGUGCUCACAGGAUUGGGCAAAAAAAAGAAGUCCAGGUCUUCCGUUUCUGUACUGAGUACACCAUUGAGGAAAAGGUUAUUGAAAAGGCGUAUAAGAAGCUUGCUCUUGAUGCUCUGGUGAUUCAACAGGGACGAUUGGCAGAGCAAAAAACUGUUAAUAAAGAUGAGCUACUUCAAAUGGUUCGAUUUGGUGCUGAAAUGGUUUUCAGCUCCAAGGAUAGCACAAUUACUGAUGAAGAUAUAGAUAGGAUAAUUGCGAAAGGAGAAGAGGCAACAGCUGAACUUGAUGCCAAGAUGAAAAAGUUCACAGAAGAUGCCAUUAAAUUUAAAAUGGAUGACACUGCUGACUUGUAUGAUUUUGAUGAUGAAAAGGAUGACAAGUUGGACCUGAAGAAAAUUGUGAGUGACAACUGGGUUGAACCUACAAAGAGAGAGAGAAAGCGCAAUUAUUCAGAGGCAGAGUACUUUAAAACCACUAUGCGCCAAAAUGUUCCUGCCAGGACAAAAGAUCCUCGAAUUCCCCGCAUGCCUCCAUUAUAUGACUUCCAGUUUUUCAAUUUACAAAGGUUACGUGAUCUGUAUGAGAAAGAAGUUCGGUAUCUCAUGAAAAUAUAUCAAAGGGAUCAGCAGGCAAAGGAUAGUAUUGAAGUGGAUGAAGUAGAAGCUGUAGGAGAUCCCUUGACUGCGGAAGAGCAGGAUGAGAAGGAGACCAUACUAGAAGAGGGAUUUGCUACAUGGAGCAAAAGGGACUUCAACUCUUUCAUUAGAGCUUGUGAAAAGUAUGGGCGAAAUGAUAUGGUAAAUAUAGCUUCUGAAAUGGAAGGAAAGUCAGUGGAGGAAGUUGAAAGAUAUGCUCAAGUAUUUAACCAACGAUACUCAGAGUUGAAUGAUUAUGAUAAGAUCAUAAAAGCCAUAGAACGAGGGGAGGCUAGACUUACUCGCAAAGAUGAGAUAAUGAAAGCACUUGGGAAGAAGAUGAAUCGUUACAAGAACCCAUGGCUAGAGUUGAAGAUACAGUACGGUCAGAACAAGGGAAAGCUUUAUAACGAAGAAUGUGAUCGUUUCAUGAUUUGCAUGAUUCAUAAGAUGGACUACGGAAACUGGGAUGAGCUUAAGGCUGCAUUUCGUAUGUCCCCUUUGUUUCGUUUUGAUUGGUUCAUAAAAUCUCGAACUACACAAGAGAUUGCAAGAAGAUGCGACGCCCUUAUUCGAUUAGUCGAAAGGGAAAACGCUGAAAUUGACGAACAAGAGAGGAAGUUGCGCAGAGAGAAAAAGCUUGUUAAGAAUGGAACGCCAUCCAAACGACCAUUGACAGAGAGGCCAGUUACCGAGAGCCCAUCAACCCGGAAGAAGAGGAAGCAAUUGUCAGAGGACUGACUGACUGACUAGCUGAAGAGAUCUUGUUGUUUUUGUAUUGUUUCAGCCUAAGAUUAUUUGUCAUGGGAUUCCUAGAUUCUAGACAUUUGGUACUGGUUAACCGACUUGAAUUUACCAAAAGUAAUGUAAAAUUUUAGAACACAGAUGGUUGUAACCUAUAAGUGGUGAACUUUGUUUGAAAUAGGUUAUUUAAAAUGAGGAUAUUUGAAGUUAUUUGGGUAGAACAAACCUUAAAUGCUAAUGUUAUGUUUCUUUGAUAUU